AUGGCUCUCCUCCAGGGGUUAUAUGGAUCCUAUGGAACAGAUGCAGUGAGGGAGUUAAACCCUAUCACUGUCAUUGUCCAAGUCCACAAAACUAGCACGAACCCAUUCAUCGCAGCAGCACGGCAUCUACAUGGGAUCCUCGCGGACUUUGAUUUGGCAGACGUGGACGUCUUAUUUCAGAGGUGA